UCAUUAUGAAUGUAUAAACCAACAAGCUGUUUGCUAUUUCAAAAUUUGUUGAGUUUUCUUUUCCUAUAUUUUUGUGUUUUACUUUUAGAAGAUAAGGUGUUUGAACUGUUCUAAUAUUAUUUUUUUUUGUUCUGCUGAUUAUUAUUUUUGUUCUUUGUCAAUUAGAAUAGGGCACAUAAUUUUUUUCACUCCAGUUCUUGGUGAGGUGUGGAAAGGUGGUCAUAUCUUUAACUCUUCCUCAGUAAAAUGGAUAUCAUUUCCUAACGUCCUCUUGUCUGUCGUUGGCUCUCCUUUAUUUCUUCAUUCUUUCAACAGUUGUGUCUCCAGGUUCGAUUUAUAUGCUGUAAUUGGUAAUCCAUGUAAACUGUGAUUAACUACAAUUUCUUCAUUCAAAACUCCACAGUCUGGACUGGACGUUUUUGUCCUUGUGUUUUAUUUGAGCAAAAUGUUGAAAGCCUGAGAGACAUUGCCUUUUGGACAGUUGGAGUAGACCAUGCAUUUGCAAUGCCAUUUAUGUUGGAGGUGGAAUAGGACUAGCAGCAGCAACAACAAUCUUCCAUGGUGUUGGCUCAAGGACAACAUUUCUAAUUUACGAGGAUUUACUUUUUUGCUUGGUGCUGGCAUAUACACUGGUCUUGUUCGGGCAAUCAUUACAGAGGAAAUAUCACCUGAAGUUGGUUAUUAAUGGAGGCUCGAAGCAAGAGUCGAGUAUUUUCAAGAAAAGCGGAGCGUUAAGUAUGCUGCAAUAUAACUUGAUAUCUUGUUGACUGCAGAACCCGCCUUGUGAUCCAUGUAUGCUGUACUGCUGCAUGCACUGGUGUGCUUUCUGCCAGGAGUAGAGGGAGAUGAAGGAGCGCCUAUCAGAUAACUUUGUCAUGCCAAUGGCCAUUUGUCAAUCCUCCCCCUGUUAAAGAGAUGAACUCCACCAGUAACCACUGGGAUUCUGAACCAGCCUCUGAAAAAGGCACGAGCUUAGAAAUGCAGGCUUUGUGAAUAUAUAUCGGCCAGUUACAUUACACAAAAUUCUACUCACAAGCAAUUUCAUUUGAAAACUGACUUUGUUUUAGCCUUAUGAUAAUAUCUUUAUACAGGAAUCUUUGCCGGUGAUGAUACUUUUUUGGAUAGAGGAAGUUCACCUUUUGGCAAGUAUUGUUGUGUUCAUAUUUUGAACCUUCACUGCCUUGAUGUUAUAAUACCAACACGUCAUGGCUGCUAUCUAGUUUCCUCUAUGUAGACCUGAUAUCGAUUUGCAUAUUUAUGUUGUUAAUUUCAAGCACAUGAUGUCUUCUUGUAUCAUUGAUGGACAUGCUUAUUUUGCGGUGUCUCCUGUAACUCGGAAUUCGUACAGUUGCUUUGCGGACUGACCUAUACUGCAGUUUCCCAAUUGGCAAAACAGAAAGAGAAAAACAAGACAAUGAUUGGGGGUGGUCAAUAAUGGGUAGUGGCUAAUAAUGUUGAAGUUAGCCUACAAAUGGUAUAUCAAUCUAAUUUUGGAAAUCUCAGUCCCGAGCCAACAAGCUAAGCUAGAUGACUGCCUCGAAUCCCCCCGAUUCCCGAGCCACGGUCUAUUAUUUAUUGUGGCUGUGGUACUGUAGCAGCAGCAGGAGCAGCAAUAGUUAGCAGUCUCCCACUUUCUUAUUUUGCGUCAAAAACAUUAAUAAAAAAAGGAGCUGUUCUCAUUUGUCUCUUUCACAAUCAGAAUAAGCAAACUAAUACAAGCUUUCCCGGUCAAAGUUCAAAGUUGAAACUUGAAAUAUAUCUGCUCGUGCUACUCACCAAAUCCGUCUCUCCCUAUAAAAAGCUCCUGUCUCUCUCUCUUUUCCUCUAAGGCUUGGACUAGUUUCAGUUCAUGGAGAGACCAGAAACGGAGCAUGGGAGGAGCAGGAGGACGAGGCUGGCAAGGAGCAGAAGAAUGAUGCAGAUGCAGAUGCAGUGUCCCCCCAUGCGCAUGUUACCGGUGCCACCCAUGGUGAGGGCAACGACCAAUCAAGCGAAGCUAGCCGCACUAACCGUUCAUUUGAACAUACGGCUGAGAUCGGCCGAUAUGUCGGGCGCAAUGCAGGAGCGAGCAUUUCAGCGCACCAGAGCUGUCCUUGACGCAAAUCUUGAGAAGAAGCCCAAUCCUACUCGUAUUGCCAUGUGUCUCAAGAAGGAGUUUGAUACAGUGUAUGGGCCGGCAUGGCACUGCGUUAUAGGCCAGAGUUUUGGAUCAUUUGUUACUCACGCGAGUGGCGGUUUUUUGUAUUUCUCAGUGGACAAGCUCUGUUUUCUUCUCUUCAAGACGGAGGUCCGACCAGUCGGGAAGUCGCUUCCUCCUCUUUCUUCGCUGCAGAACCUUAAUAUUACUGCUUAGCUUGAAGUUUAUACUAAUAUAGUGUGUAUUUGAUUUGCAUUGACAUGGAAAAUUAUGCUAUAUAAAUAUGGAGCUUUCGAAAAUUGUAGUUGUAUUGAAGGAUUUCGCCGAGAUUCUACAAAUUAAGCUGUUUUAACUUUGAUAUUUGCUACCAGGCUUUGAAAGAGAA